AUGGAUACGGCAGUUACAUCAUACCAGGCCAUCAAGGAAGAAGGAUCGGUUGGAAGCAACUGUUUAAAGAGAAAGCACAGUGAUUCCAAGGACACUAUCAAGCUUGAAUUGGACCAAUUGGGACUACUGGAUAAUAGCCAGUUGGCAGUUUGUUUGAGCAGAUAUUCUGCUGCUGCUCUCUGUUCCACAUCUCAGUCCAUCAGAAGAUUACUUUUUGAAAAGUAUAUCUCAAACUCCUCCAAACCAGCCCAUAGCUCUGCUGCUUCUCAAAUCUUGCUGCCAAUAGAGCGACUUUUGGCUGCAAGUGUGAAAGCUUGUCGAAUUCUGUUGCGUCGACUUACUUCACCCACAACUUUAUUGCUUCAGCCCAAAUCCAACUCGCUUGAAAAAAGCAAAUCUAUAGUAGAGAGGGAGUUGCAACGCACAUUAGAAACGGUCGUACAGAUUGGUCACCAUCUUGCAGUCUUGUCACGGUUUGAUAUUUUACCAGAUUUACUGGAUCUGAUUGUAGUGGUGGUAUACGAUAAGUCUGGUACAUUGCUGUCAUCCGAUGCCCGUCAGUGUCUAACUUGUUCAGAUGCUACAAAGAAACUGCAUAUAUCUUCCAAAUGCUCUAAAUCAAAAGCAUCCAAAUCAUCCCUGCCAAUCUCAAAUUCAACUUUUCCUGGUUUAUCUAUUGGAAAAUGGCUGUAUGAAUUGCUAGACAAAAAUGCAUUGGCACUAGCAGUGCCACUUUCAAAACGUACUACUAUCAUAUUGCUGCAGCUACUGACUGUUUGGAUACAGGCACAAUUAAUCGAUGCAUCUACACGUACUGGGCUUAUCUCGUGGGCCAUAUCCAAACUUAAAGUAGAUCCAACUUCGCUUUCGUCCAACGAUCUCUUAAUCCUUGAUCCAACUCUUAAGCUAAUAUACCAAAUCGCCCGACUUGACCUAGAGUUUGAAGGCACAAGGGUUUCACAGGCAUGCUUGGAUUUAGUCGUUAAAUUUUAUUCGGUGCUUGCUGAAAGACAAAGACCUUUGCGACAAAUGCUACAGCACAAGAAAACCAUUACCAUGAUUUCAAACCUCCUUGGAUCUGUGCAUUUACGCAUGGAAGCAUCAAUAUGGAAACCCCAUCCAGGACUGUUUGAAACCUCCAAGGGGCUAUUGGACCUUGCUCGUGUUUUAUGUCAAUUAUUAAUACUAUGCGGAUCAUCUUUUAAAUGGGAUUUUGAUGAUGUAAAUCAUGAGGCUGCCAACCCAGAUGCAGAGCCAAUAUUGGUUGAACCGCUAAAUGUAUGUGCAUUUAAAGCAAUUGCACGUAUCUUGACAUUGAUUGGAAUUGUUGCACCUGGAUAUGAUCAACAGGAAUCGUUCCAACAACAAAUAUUCUACUAUCGCCCUUCUACCAUUCAGGGUUUAGCAGAUACAAUGCAUCUGCUGUUUUCAAGCACUUUGGCUUUUCAGGAAGAAUCUAAAGCAAAUAGAAAUGCUGUUCAGAUCUUACCAGACGAGUUUGCAGAAGCCGUUAUUCGUAUUAUUUUUGUUGUUCGGGAUCACUCGUAUAUUGACUGCCAUAAGCAUGCCAAGCAGCAGAUUUUAUGCCAAAAACUCAUUCGACUAUCAAGUGGUAUGGCUGGAACUGAUUUGUACUCGAAUACAUUUCGGCAUGUUGAAAUCACUCUGAUGCGCCAGUUUGUAUAUUUCAUCGGUGACACGAUCAAAAACAGCAUCAUGGGUGUACAAGAUGUAUCGGAAAAUCACCAUAAAGACAAUACUUUUCAACUGACCAAUAUAAUGUUGAUAUUUUUAACAAGACUUUUGGAAAGCAAGCCAUCGCGUAUUUUUUUAAUGGAUGCCGGUCUCUUGCCAAAACUAAUUUUUAUGCCAUUCAUCAAAGUUGCUCUCACCAAUCCCUCCUCUGAACAGAUUCGUGUAUUUACAGGUGUACUAUCCCUAAUUGGUCGAUUGGCACAAGAUUCUAAUUUCAGAUUUAAGAUGAAGGCUGGAUUGUUUGGAUCUAUAGAGACAAACGACGAUUUUUCAACAAAUACAUCUGGGCAGUUUUCUGUUCUUGCUCCUCCAUCUCCUGAUGGUAUUGUAGCAUUCAUGGCUUGCCUAGCCAUGGGUUCUAUUUGGUUGAUAUGCUCAAAGUUUACUUUACCUAACACGGCGACACCUCGAUCUAUCUUGGAGCAAUUUGGAACUUACUCGAUCGACUUUUUAAAUGAAAAUUUUGGUCAUGACAAGUCGGUCAUGGCAGUGCUUUGCAAACCCGACCUGUUGGCGUGGAUAUCCUCAAGCGUGCUUUCUGCAACUGGAAUCGACUGUGUGUGUUCUGAACCCAAGAUAUCAAUGGUUGAAAGCUUGCUAGAUUUGAUUGAAUACACGUCGGAAAAAUAUCAAUUGGAGCUUUUGGAUCUUAAUGUUGAUGACAAUUUGGAUCCAGCAUCAUUCAUAAACCCCACCCCAUUAGGAUCAAAUACACUUUGCUCCGCUGCAUAUUUUUUGGAUGCCUUACUUCGCUCGAGUGCUACACUGAGUCAAAUUAUAAAACAACCUCACUUGAUUCGUCGCAUUGCACAAGACAUUAUGGAUGCAAUGAACUCGAAAGUUCAAGAUGUACUUCAGCGUAUUACUCGUCGUCUACUGCUUGGCCCCGGACUUGUUCAGGAAAUGGUAGCUUCAUCAGGAUACUCGAUCAUUUUGGAAACACUCAUGAAUGGAUUAGGUGAUGACCAUAAAUCCUAUCAUGCCAAGCGACUUUUGGACAGCAUGCUUGGAUCAUUUUUAUCUGACAUUGAAAUUGUAGAGCCAUCAAUCAGUACUCAAGCACAAAUCAGUCUAGUGAAAAUGCAAACGCAAGCCGAGCUGGAUGAAGCCUUGGGCUUUUGUAUACGUAUCUGGCGAUACGCAGAGCAGGUGGGCAUGGCGAAUUUUGCUGGAUCGAUAUUAAGGCAUCGGGCACGCGUUGCAGUAUGCUAUCUUGGUGCUGACCGAUUACUUCGUCUUCAUCAAUCCACAUCACUAUCAACAGAAGAUGAUCAUUUUUCAGCCAAAGAAGCUACAACGUUUUUGUGGGACAUGUUUCUGACAGUGUUUCCCAGUCCUUUGCUCUCUGAUGCCAGUGCUGAUGAAGUAGCAGAUUUUUCAGAAUCAACUAUUCAUGAAAAUUAUGAUGAUGACAAUUUUAAAAGUAUCCAGCUUGAAGCAAACAAAACUUUAAUUGAAGACAAGGCUCUACUGGAAUCAAUGCAUGUACGUAUGCGCAAGGCUCUUGAUUUUCUUGGAUGGCGAUAUGUGCGUCGUUCGAUACAAGUAUCUGAUCCUACCAUGAUGCUCCCUCGACCCGAGUUGCUUAUUGAAGUUCUUUCAAGUGAUCAUACAUGGAUAUACAAUGGAACGGCAGAUACAGAUCGUGCAGUGACGAUGGUGUUUGAAAAUGAAAUAGGCCAAGAUAUACAGUUUGACGGAGACAUACUGGAGAAUGUUUCCCCAGCUUUUUGUGUUAUGAUGAAUGGACCAUUUUCCGAGCAUAUUGAUCGGCGAGUCAAGAUUCAAGACACGUCUCGUCAAGUAUGGAUGCACAUUCUCGAGUAUUUCCAGCUCAAUUCAACUGCAGGCUUAGAUGAAGCCGAGUUUUCGCAAAUGCAACAAUCUGGAGGCAAUCGAUACGAUAUGUCUGGCAAUGUAGCACACCAUUCAACAACGGACGAUAUGAUUGAAAAGUUUGAUCUUGUAGUCGAGAUGCAUGAUUGCGCUACUCGAUACAUGAUGGUGAACUUGCAACAGGAGUGUACGGCAUGGUUUGGAAUAGCAUGUAUGUAUGCGGCGCGUAGACACAAUUGGACAUUGGCUGUGAAGCUACAUUGGUGGAUUGCUGCACACUUGGAUCUCAAUUUAGAAGAAUCCAGCGAUAUAAACUUUGAUGAUAUUUUGCGUACAGUUUGCGUGCGUGCUCUUUUAUGGUCAAUCCAAAACGCUCCAUAA